GUUGCGUGCGCGUCCACGCCACACGAACCGCGCGGGUUCAGGCUUCAGGCUCUUUGUGAAGAGGAGGGGACACCGACGACACCGAGGAUUUUUAACAUGGCAGACGACAAACCAAAGGAAGGUGUUAAGACUGAGAACAAUGAUCACAUCAACCUGAAGGUGGCUGGUCAAGAUGGAUCAGUGGUACAAUUUAAAAUCAAGAGACAUACACCGCUUAAUAAACUAAUGAAGGCUUAUUGUGAACGUCAGGGUUUGUCAAUGAGGCAAAUUAGAUUCCGGUUUGAUGGGCAGCCAAUUAAUGAGAUGGACACACCAGCACAGUUGGAGAUGGAGGAUGAAGAUACAAUUGAUGUGUUCCAGCAGCAGACAGGAGGAAACUUCUAGAACAAGCUAUAAAUACCCAGCUGCUUCCCACUGCCUCCACUUGAACAUGUUCAUCUCCAUCCCUCUUCCCGUACUGUACAUACAUUAAGGGUGGAUGUGUAUUAUUUUAGGGAAUGUUUUCCUACUCCCCAACCCCCCCCCAUGUUUUGUUUCCCCCACUUAAAAGAAAUCAUGCAAGAAUCUGAACAGUUGGGCCCCUUUCACACAUGCGGAUCCUUGGAGGAUCAGUUUUUGGACAUCCGCUUGCUCAGUGGGGAUCGCUCCGCUGACUAGUCUGUCUCGGCACACUGUGCAGAGAGGACCAGUCAGAUCUCCGCUCUCUCUAUGGGGGAUCGGAUUAAAAACAUCUUCAUCUGAUGGACGGGUGCAAAAUAGGGUUUGCAUCGGUCACACUUUAGCAGAGAGGGUCGGGGCUGAUCAGAUGUCAGUAGACAUGUCACCGCUGACAUCCGACGCUCCAUAGAGGUACAUGGAGCGCCCAUUCAGAUCCGUCUGAAAAAACUGACAGGCGUAUCUGAAUGGUCCACACGUGUGAAAGGGACCUUAGGCCUAUGUUAUUAUGCUGACUUGGUAGAUACUAAGAAGAUGGCUUGUAUAUUCAGCUACAGGUAGUGGCUGUCAAGGUUCAGGCAACCUCUGAUUCAAAGGGGUCAGUUAAUCCUCCAAGUUAGCAAAGCAAUAGUAAAGCCUGCUCAUCUGUGAUAAGUUUAAACAUUCAUGUUCUUACAUGGACUUGUGUGACUAGUUUUGUCCAUUUAAGUAGGGAUUAUUGUAUGGAUUUUGUGAACUAGUCACCUGUCUGCCCCCCCCAGUCUGUCAGGUCUGAUUUGCAGGAUCAGUUGGUUUGUGACUUUAUAUUUUUUUUUUUCAAAGAGUCAUUCUGUAGAAAUAUGGUGAACCUAAUCUUUUGGGAUAAGGAGGUACAGGAGUAUAAAAAAAUGCACUCUUCCUCUGAUCCUAACUUGAUGGUGUUCUCUCUAAUUUUUUUUUUUUUUUUUUUUUUUUUUAAUAAAGAUUUGCCCCCUUUUGGACCAAGUUAACUUGAGAUGGUGCACUGCGCAACUUUUUUUUGUUUUCCUUUUUAUUAUACUUUCAGCUCAUUCCAGUAAAUUAUUUUGCUUUAUACUUUUACAAAGCCAUCCAGGGGUAUUGAAUAAUGCGAGAUAGAUACUGGGGUGGGUAACGUCUCCAUUACGAUUUUUUUCACAGGCACUCUUAUUCCAGGUUUAUCAUAUUUAAGGGAGCAAGCCCCACCUCUCAGUUGAACUUAUUUUUUAUUGUGAAGCCAAAAUGAUUUUAUAACUUUUUGUAUGUAGCUGUUACAUGUAGCUGGGUGAAGAAUUAGAAAAGAUGUAAAAAGAUUUAAAAAGUUUAGGUAGAUUUUUCUCUUCUGACAUCUUGUUGUUCAAAUCUUGUUUAAAAUAAAUUACUUUACUACUUUGUUGGUGAACAGAAA